CAGUAGUGACAGUUGCCUGGUUUCACAAUCUGAACUGGUUAAUCAAAAAAAGGGAGCAGCUCUAGACUUGUUGCUUUCUGUAACCAUAGAAGCAAGCCCAAGCUUUCUCUUCUUUUCAGUGUUUUUUAGCUCUAUGUGGGCUGACAGAAGUGCAAGAAUAAUGUCCUGUGAUACAUGCACUGUAGAAUGAACACUGCAAAGAACAACCUAAAGACCACGAUGUAUAUUAAUAAAGUAGCUUAAAAGGUCCCACUUUUCAAUGAUUUUUUCCCAAUCCAUUUUAAUACGGAAAUGUCUUACCGGCUAUCUAAUGGAUUCAUCAGUCUGCCCUCCCGCUAUGGCCUUGGUGACGUCCACGUGGAUGCAGGCAGGAGGUCUCCUCGCUGGAACACCAACUUAGGGAGCAUUAGACAUGGACUGGAAUCACCAAGGCAUUAUGGUCUAUCUGAGCUGGAGAGGAACAUUGAGGCUGCUGGACACUUGGAACCAGAUAACUGGAUGGGGCACAGCAGAGAUCAUACCAGGCACCCUCCCAGUCCACAGCAAACAGACAGAGCUAGAUCUGUGAGUCCUCUCCGAGGGAUCCAUUCACUAGAGUGCUAUAGUAAACUUCCAGCUUGCUCAGAGUAUACUAGGAAUUUAUCCAGCCCAUCACUGUCAAGGAGAAGUUCCUUAUCUCGUCCCUCCACCUGGUCCCCAGAGGAGUAUAGCAUAGAGCCGACAUUGAGCCGCAAGGGCUGGAGUGGAUCAGAAAUCGACCUUAGAGCAUCUCUUUCAGAAAGUGCUCAGAAGCGUUCAGAUCUUGUUCAACACCUAAGAGAUGCUCAGUCCAAACUGGAGGAGCAGUCAGAGGAGCUCAAAAAACGAGACAAAGAGCUAGAAUUGAGCAGAGCCAAAACUGAACUACUGGCUAUAAAGCAAAAACAACUAGAGUCCUCAAUAUCCCAGUUAGAGAAAGAGAAAGGCUGGCUUGAAGUAUCUCGUUUUGAGGAUAAGAAACAACGUGGAGAACUACAAGACAGGAUUAUAAAUCUGGAAAUGGAAGUGAUGUUGGCCAAAUCAAGUUUGGAAAAUUUUAACUACACAAAUGAAUUGAUGAACCAAAAAAUAUCUAUGGGUAAUGAUGAGGUUAAUCGGGAACUGAAAACAGCCAGAGAAAACCUUGUAUACUUCCGAAAUCGGGUGAAAAUCCUUGAGGCAGAAAAGAACCAAGCUGUGGAGGAGCUCAGGAAAUUACGAGAGGGGAGUCAGCUGGCUCUUAGUCAAACAAAUGAAGCAAACCAGAGAGCAACGGAUACACUCCGAACUCAGCAAAGCCUUCAGGAUGAGCUUGCUGACCUCCAGCUAAACUUUAACAAAAUUAAUCUGGAGAAAGAACUUCUGUCGUCGAAGGUACUUCGAUUGGAUGAGAAAAUAUCAGAUUUGACUUUACGACUAAAAGUUGCCCAAGCUGACAAAGAGCGAAUUUUGAAGGAAAAACUUGAGUUUCAUCAACGCACACAGGAGUUAUCCCUAGAAUUGGAGAGGGCCCAGAGAGGACGGGAAGGGUUUAAUGACCAGGUCAGUGACCUACACAUCGAACUAGUUGGGGCCAAAGCACAGGCAAAUCGACAGGACCAAGAGAAGGUGCAAAUGAAAGAAGAACUGGUGAUGCUGAAGCAAGUAAAUGAGAAGUUAACAGCAGAGCUGGGUCAGAUACAGCUACAUCUUCACAACUCUUUAGAAGAUCUUCACCAGACUCAAGCAGAGCACAAGAUCUCCAGCAACCUUGCAUCUGCACUUGAGGCUGAGCGCAAGCAACUCUUGGAGGAGAAGCAGACACUAAUGGCUGCCAUAGAGAAGGAUGAGGAUAGUCAGAGUGUCCAGGAACUCAGAGCUUCCCUUACCCAGCUACAAGAAGAAAAAGACAAGCUACAAGCCCGGUGCCAUGACCUGGAAAUGGCAUUGGAGCAAGCACAUGAGCAAUUGGGUUCCCAAAUUCAGGAGCAGCAACAAGUUACAUUGUAUUGGAAAGAACGAUGGCAACAGACAGCUGUUAACUUGAAGAAUACAGAUGAGCUGCUGGAGCAAGAGAGAGCUCAGUGUCAGAAAGCUUCUCAUAAAAUCACAGAGUUACUACAGGACUGUGAAAUGUUACAAACAGAAAAUGAGGAGGUCUGUGAACUCAGAUCAACUAUAAGCAGAUUAAAAGACGAAAAUAACCAGUUAACCAAGAAAGAACUGGAGCAAAAUAAUCAUCUAGGACAUCUCCACAGAUCGCUGAAAGAAAGCACAGAAGAGACUGAUCAAAUAAAUGAGCUAUAUAAAGAGCUACAGAAAUCUCAUGAGAAGAUAAAGGAGCUGGAAAUUCAACAAUCAGACAAGGAUUUAGAUAUGAGAAAGAUAAAGAGUGAAAAUGGAUCUGUCCUUCGCAUUGAGCUGGAUGCAUGCCGGCAGCAGUUGGAAUUGGAGAGAAGUCGUCGGGAGAUGCUACAGUGUAGGGUGGAAGAACUGGAAUCUAAACUUGCAGCAGAAAGAAGAAGCCAGGAUUGCCUUGGUAGUGCGGAAAUCCAAAGCACGGUGACCCAACCACACAGGUCUGAAAUGUACAGUUUAGAGCUGCAGCUGGAAAAAGAAAGAGAAGCAAAGAAGCAGAAGGAUGAACUUAUAUUUACUCUUAAAGAGCAAAUAAAGGAGCUAAAACUUAAAAAACCUGGAGAUAUUAAGGCUUCCUUGGAAGAAGUAGACUCAGAAUUAAUGCUGGUCCGGGAGGAAUUACAGAAGGUCUGGGACAUGUUGAAGACAAAAGACACAGAGCUGGAAGAGCAGUAUCAUGAACUAGAGUCUGCUCGAGACCAGUACACAGAAUGCAGCACAGAGAAGGUCCGAUUGGAACAACUGGUCACCUCUUUACAGAAACAGAUAAUCGAGAGGGAUAAGUCAUUAAAACAUCUUCAGCAGAUUCGAGAGAUGGAAAAGACAGAGAUGAGCAUUGAAAAGUCAUCCCUGGAACUGAAGCUGGCAGAGAUGCAAGAGCAAAAUGGUAAAGUUUCCCACACUGGAAUAAAGAAGUGGAGUCCGACAGGAUCCCAAAAUGAUGCAAGCCCUCAUAAUUGUUAUCGAUGUGAAGUCUUUCUACAGCAACUAGAAAAGGCAAUCAAAGGAUGUCAGGAACGUAAUGUGGAAUUACAGGAGGAAAAGAACCAAACAUUGUCCUCUCUUUACAAGCUGCAAGAUAUUCUAAAGAACCUCUCGAAGCAGACUAAAGUAAAUGAACAGGUGGCACAAGCUCUGCAGAUAGACAAUGAUACCCUUAAAAACCAACACAAGCUGGUAACAGAACAACUCAAGGUUAUAUUUAAAGAGAAGCAAAACUUGGAAAAUGCUUACAAGAAAAUUCCCCAGGAGGAGAAGCCAGCAGAUGACUGGACAGAGAAAUCCAGAUUAGUUAAGAAUGUGUUGAGAUCUGUCAAGGCCAACAGGGAGCUGUCAAAGGAAAAAGGAGAAAGUCAUGAAGAUCCACAGCACCCAACAAGAGAUACAACGGAAAAGGACAUUAGCAAACUGCAAAGACAGCUGGAAGAAAAAUCUGAAAAAAUAUCCACAAUGGCUUCCGAGAUCAAAAUGUUGAAAGAAAAAAAUGAAUCUCUAAUGAAAGCUAAGCUACGUUUCCAGCAGCAGGUUCAACAGAUAAGAAGCAUCUCCCAAUCUGGUCGUGAAAAAGGACCUACAGACUCUAUUGUGCCCCGUUUAUCUGGGGGCUCCAGAAAUCUUCAUGAAGCUGAGUCAGGCAGCCAAGGAUCAUUAACACCGAUGACUGGAAUGCAAACUCCAGAAGGAUCCUGGACAGAUUCUGUUCAAAGCUCCAGAUCUACAACACCUAUAAACACAAGUGCUGCACAUUCCCCGGGGAGACUUAAUAUUUCCGGAGCAAUGAGCAAGAACUGGAGAAGUUACACAGAAGGAUCUCUACUAAGUCCAAGAAGCCAUGGUGAAAUUGAGGGAUCAGGUGAUGGACCAAGUCCAUUCCCAUCCAGGGCAUCAGCACUUCUUUCCCCUAGACCCUAUCAGCCUCGUAAAACAACUUAAGGGGAUAGGUUUGGAGGGAGAUGACAUCAUUAGAAUGUCAUGAAUGAUCUCCAGAUGCAAACAUGCUGAGCUACAUCAUUAAAGGCAUAUUUUCAUCUAGAAAUUUAUGGCAUAUCCCCAUUUAUGCCAUAGAUGUCUGACAAAUGUGGGUCCCACACCUUACUUAAGAUGGAGACCCCCCAAUUGAUGUUAAUAGGAGCUGCUUUAACAGUGUAGCCCUGCAAGCUAUGCUGUCUAGGUAACUCCCAAGUAACUGUAACAGCAUAGUAACUGUCAUUAACUUCUAUGAGAGUUCUAUAAACUGUGUAAAGCAGCCUGUUUAACUGUUUUCAGCUUCCUAAGCACCUACGGAAACCUCAAGUAGAGGCCCUGGAGGAUAGGCCAUAAAUGUCUAGAUAGCCAUUCUCGUUUUUACCUUAAUCACACUUAAAGGGGUACUCCCAUGGAAAACUUUUUUUUUUUUUAUUCAACUGGUGACAAAAAGUUAAACAGAUUUGUAAAUUACUUCUAUAAAAAAAAUCUUAAUCCUUCCAGUACUUAUUAGCUGCUGAAUACUACAGAGGAAAUGGUUUUCUUUUUGGAGCACAGAGCUCUCUGCUGACAUCAUGACCACAGUGCUCUCUGCUGACAUCUCUGUCCAUUUUAAGAACUGUCCAGAGUAGGAGAAAAUCCCCAUAGCAAACAUAUGUUGCUCUGGACAGUUCCUAAAAUGGACAGAGAUGUCAUGGCAUUAAUGGCUGUGUCUGUAAGAAGAUAAUAGAAGUUUUAUCUAACAUGCUAAUGACCCAUAAGUACCCCUUAGGUGGGACAAAUCACUGCAAGUGCCCAUAACUUCCCUCCCUGUCCUAACCCCUUGCCUCCCCUUUGGCUUGAUUGAGAGCCCCUGUACCGACCGAUGUUGCUGUCACAAGGGAUGUCAGUCAAAUUAAAAGGGUGGCAUUAGGCUUGAUCAUGGAAGGGAGAAUAUGGUUACUUUAAUAUCCAUUGCAAUAUCUCAUUGCAGCCUCAUACUUUCCUUUAUUAAACAGAUUUUUAAUAGUCACUUAUAUAUGUUUUACUAUUUAAAAGAAAAUACUGAAUUUUUUUUUCUAAUUGUUUUUCGUAGUCUAUUUGUAUUUUUUUUAAAUUCUAUUUUCUGGACAUGAUUAUGGGGUCAGCCAUUUUCCAAAAGAUGCGGUAAACAGCAUUUAGGGAUAUGUUUUAAAGCUGUCACAUGGGCCAUAGGAACCUGUAGUCUGAAGUUUAAUCACUGACUUCUGUUGGAGAGUUUUCUAGGCGUGCUAUGUCACCAGUGCUCAUUGUUAAGUAGAGCAGCUGUGACCAUCACCUAUUGUAAAUGGUUUGAUCACAUCUUAGCUAUGUACAGUUGUCACCCUUUAGGCUGGAACUCCACUGAGGUUUUUUUUGCACAAACGCUGUAAAAAACGCCAAUUUUCCCGCACAGCGUUUUUUCAGCCGCGUCCAGAUGUUAGCUGCAAGUAAAUUGAAAACUGCAAAAUGCCAGAUUCACUUGGCGUUUUUCAGUUUGGCGUUUUUUUAAUCCUUUUGGUGUUUUUCAGCAAUUUCGGGCUCAGAGGCUGGAUUUUCAAAACGCCCGACAAAACCUAGUUUGGCGUUUUUUGCCCUGAAAUCGUGGCGUUUUCCUCCCAUAGAAGUCUAUGGGAGAGCAAAAACACCAAAAAAAUGCCAUGUUGGUUUUAAAUUUUGCGUUUUUCCAAGCAGUUUUUAUUCUUUUUUGGACUUUAGCAAUCCAAAAAAUUAUGGAGAUACCUUUUUUAUUUAAAUUUCGUAGGGUACCAUAAAAAAAUUAAUAAAAAAGAUUGUAGUGAUGGAAAAAAUUGUAUCUAAUCAAAUGUAUCUUUUUUAUUAUGAAAUGUUUGUUAAUUUUUAAACAGGAAUCAAUUUAUGUGAGCAGAUAAAGCACAAAAAAUGUAGCCGACAAUAAUAAAAAUGUAGUGUGUGUGUGUGUUUUUCACAUUUUAUUUUAUUUUUUUACAUUUUUUAGGUAGUACUACUUCUCCCAGCAUGGAACACACUGUUCCAUGAUGGGAGUAGUAGUACCUGUAGUAAUUGACAGAUCGCCAGGGUUCGUCACAAUCCUCUUGUAUAAUGUAUAGA